ACCAAUAUGCUCAUUUUAAUUUGACAUAACAUUGUACAAAUUGUUGGAAAUUUUACAGCGUAGAUAAUUGUAUAACAAUAAGUUCUUGCAAAAAGGUGGUUUAUUUUUUGAAAAAAGAUUAUGUGUAUCGCGAUAAGAUUAAAUUUUAUAUAAUAACAACUUAUAGAGUACCUAUAUAGAUAGGUACCUACUUACUUCAUUUUACCAAUCUAAUUUUGAUCGUGAAUGAUAGUGGAACCGAAGGCAGUGUCGAAAAUGCCUGUAAAAUUUUUUCGAAAAGGAAUUAUCAAUGAGGUUCUGUAUUCAUGCAUUAUACUUUCAACGUAUUUAUUUCAUGGUAUCAGUCGAAGUUAUCCAUCAUUUUUAUUUCACCAACUGGAUGCAGCAAACUCUACUAUUACUGUUAACGAUGAGGAAAAAUCAUGGAUAGCUGCAUACAUCAACUUACUUAGUCCAGUGGGAUGCAUGUCCGCAGGUAUAAUAAUGGACGCAUAUGGAAGAAAGUUGAGCGUACAAUGUGUAUUCGUACCAUUUCUCGUAUCCUGGGUAAUGUUGGCUUUCGCCAAAAAUGUUUCUAUGAUCUACAUGGCAGCUCUGAUACAAAGUAUUGGCACAGGAAUGUCGUUUAGCACCUCGACAUACAUAUCUGAAAUAUCAACAGCUGAUCACCGUGGAGCAUUAUUGGGCUCAGUCGAGAUCAUUUUCUGCCUCGGAGUAUUACUUUGCAACAUUCUGAUGUAUUUUAUGAAUUGGUCGAUUGUUUCGAUGAUUUUCAUCGCUGUCACAGCACUCUCCCUCGUGCUGACUUUCAUAUUACCUGAAUCUCCUACAUGGCUAUAUUUGAAAGGACGUAAGGACGAAUCGAUCAAUACUUUGAUUUCGAUCAGAGGUCAAAAUCGAGACGCGAUCAAACCGGAAAUAGAAGACAUGGAAAACUACACGUCAUCUCAGGCAAAAACCAAGCUCAGCGAAACCAUUAAGAAUUGUUUCUUGGCAUGGAAACAAUUUUCCAUCGCUUUUGUCUUGUUCAUCUUGCAACAACAUACUGGAUACUCAACGAUGACCUUAUUCAUCAUUAUGAUAGUCGAUCGUCUGCAUAUUCCUUACGCCAGUACAGAUGUCGCUUUGAUGUACUCGGUGGCCAGCUCAGUGGCCGGAUUCAUCACACCUUACGUUAUGUAUAAAUUCAAUCGCAAACCUACUCUGACCAUAUCAGCAAUCGGUAUGUCGAUUUGUGCAGCAGCCAUUCCAAUCUACCAAAGUUUUUCUGAAUCGUAUGACGAGAAACCGUUCCCCUGGGUAGUAAUUGUAGCAUUGUGCACGUAUGUAAUAUCAUGUGGUAUCGGAGUUCUUCCCAUUAGCUUCACCAUAGCUGGCGAAUUAUUCCCUAAUGAAGUUCGUGGAGUUCUCAAUGGGGUAUAUGGAGCAGUGGCUUACCUGUACUGGUCAUUUUUGUAUAAAAUUACACCGUGGUUUCUGGCGGAAUUUGGAGCAUCUGGGGUAAUGUGGACGUUUUCAGUUUCUGCAUUACUUACAGCUUUAUUUAGUGUGUUUGUUUUACCCGAAACCAAAGGCAAGACUUUGAAUGAAGUUCAGGAAGAGUAUUUCAAAAAGAAAUCAAAAAAUGAGCUUGCUUAAGUGUCCGUUUGGUAGAGAAGUUGAAUUACUUUGGAAGUGAGUCUAGUCAACUUUAGAAAAAAUUCAAGUACUUAGUUACCAAAAUUUCAUUUUUUAAGCCAUCGACCUUUUCUUCUGACCUCAGAUGCAAUCAUAUUUAAAAGGUCACAAAUGUAAAUAGGUUCCCGAGUUUCAACUUCUUCUUCAAAUUUUUUUGCUAAAUGGACAAAAUUUACGUGAAUAUAAUGAACUGGUUCAAUAUCGAAAAUGAACUAAAUUAUAUUUCGGUCAUUAAAAAAUUGAACCAACCAUGGAGCAUGUGAAUCUCAAAACUCUAUACGUAGGUCCUUCAACUUUGGCAUUGAAUAGAGAACAUAGACAUUUCGAACGAAUGUAGUAACACGAGCAAGGCGAAGGCAAUUUUAUUCAAGUUGAAGGUCAAAGAAACUACUCGUAGAACAUAAUCGUAAAAACUCUCGUGUGUUUUAAUAUUGAGUAAUUUCACUCCUUCAAAUCUUGAAACUGACAAAUUAAUUUACACCUAUGUAGUUGAAAGAAAACAAUAUCACACCUACCUAAGUACAAGGUUUGUAAGGCUGAAAAUUUCUUAUAUGUAGAGCUUAUCUUUAAAUUUUGUUAAGCUAAGUAUAGAUAGUGUACACAUAAUAUUUGUCAUUUAAGUUUUUUUUUCUUUAAAUUACAGACAGCUAACACAGUAUUUGUAAAUUUAAACUCCAAAGUCAAGUGCUUACUUGAUAAGUUGGAUAUCUUCAUUGAACAUACAAAACACUUCAGAGAGAAAUUGAAAAAAGUGCCCAUGAUAUAAAUGAACAACUGUGUGUAAUUGAGUAUCUUUAUCAGUUUAAAUUAUUCAUUUCAAGCACUUGAACCGUAAAAUUUCGGUUAUCAUAAAUACAUUUUCUGAUCGAUUGUUAUUUAAUAUCUACUCAUUUGUAAUGCUAUUACAUUCGUGGUAUCGAUAGAGAAGCAAUUGGGUACCUAUCGUUGUAAUAUGUUUCCCUUCUUAAUUUUUACCUCAUUUGUAAAAUAACAUACUCUCAAUGCUCAUUAUAUGUAUUAAGCACA